AUGCCCAUCCCCUCUCCCUGCCGUGCCCUCGGGACCAUCCAGGCCCUGCUCUGGCGGCUGCAGUGGGACCAGGAGCUGGUGUCGGUGGAGCGCAAGCGUGGCUGGGACGCGCUCCUCUCUGCUGACACCCACCACUACGCGGUGGGGCUGCUGGCCAGGGAGAUGCGCCGUGUGUUGAUCCCCUCCUAUGGCCCACUGGCAAGGCACCUGCUGGGGCUGCUCAGCAGGGAGGGCCUCCGCUGGGAGCUGCCUGCCCUGGCCUUCCUUGUCGAGGUCCUUGACUAUCUGGACGGCAGCACCUGUCACGACAGUGUCCUGCAGAUCCUGGCAAGGCACCUGCAGAGCCAGUGCCCAGAGAGGCGGCGCCUGGCUCUGCGAGGGCUCCUGGUGCUCAGCGUGGAGCCCUCGAUGGCCAAAGGCAUCUGCAGCCUGUCUGAGCACCUCCUGGAGCUGCUGCGUGAUGGAGAUGGAGAGUUGGUCGCCAUGACCCUCUCCUUGUUCCGGAAUGCGCUCCAGGAUGGAGACAACAGUGACGGGUUCAGCUCCACUGCCCCGAGGCUGGCUGAGGCGCUCCGGCCAGUCUUUGACAACGACAACAGCCACGUGCAGCUGCUCUCCAUUCGCCUCUUCCGAGAGGUGAUGGAGUUGCUGGCGGAAGAGGGAACAGAGCCCUGGGAGAUGCAGGUGCGCCAGAGCCUGGUCCCACUGUACUUCCGCUGGCACGACGAGAACCAGCGCGUGGCAGAGGCCGCUCGGGAAACGCUGCUCUGGGCUGCAAGCUUCCUCCAGAGGAAGGACCUGGAGCAGCUGCUGAAGACAGAGCAGCCCUUCAGGUUCUGCGAUUGCCUGAUGGAAAAGGACAUGAGCCAAAGGGGCGAGCACCUGCACCAGGCCCUGCCCUACCUGCAGAGCCCACAGGAGCCCCUGCGAGAGGCGGCCGUCAGAUUCAUGGGGGUGGCCGGCUGGCACAUGAGGGAGCAGCCGCAAGACCUGUGGCCCAUCCUCAAAGCCCUUACAGCCAUGAGCGAGGACGACUGCCCCUCCGUCUCCACCAUGAGAGCUGCACUCAUGGCCACUUACAGCCGUGCCGUGAGAACUCCACCUGCUCCGCUGAGACGACCAAUGUCCCUGCAACAGCCCCCCACCACAGCCCAGGGACCACUUCUCAGCGCGGCUGCAGCUCCAGCUCCAGCUGAUGCUGGGCCCAACUGAACCAGCCCAGAAGGCCAGGCAGCUCCCGGCCUCUGUAGCCCCAUGGACGGCUCCCUCCUUCCAUUCCCUUCUCCUGACCCCACUUCAUCCCUCCCCUUGCCCUGAUGUUAAUAAACCCUGGCUUUCUCCCCUUA